AUGUGCGUCUGUGAGGGGCAGGGCCGCGUGGACUGUUCCAGGCAAAGCCUGCGCACCUUGCCUGGCACCCUGGAUCCGGACACCCGUGUCCUGAGCUUCGGGCACAACCAGCUGGGCUCCCUGUCGGCCGGGGCCUUCUCCUGGCUGCCAGGCCUGCUCCGACUGGAUCUGAAGGCCAACGGGAUCCGGUCCGUCCACGGCCUGGCCUUCUGGGGCCUGGCAGCCCUCCGCGUCCUGGAUCUGAGCUCCAAUGAACUCCGCGCCCUGGAGCCCGGGACCUUCCUCCCUCUGCAGGCCCUCCGGGUCCUCGACCUGAGCGGGAACCGGCUGGCCCAGCUGGCCCCCGGGGGGCUGGGCCCGCUGCCCCUGCUGCAGGCCCUGACCCUGAAGGACAACGUGCUGCUGGCCCUGGAGCCGUCGGGCCUGGCCGGGCUGCCCCAGCUGCGUUGGCUGCAGCUGCACGGUAACCCCUGGAGCUGUGAUUGCGGACUCCGGGACUUCCACGCCUGGCUCCAAAGCCACGGCCACCAAGUUCCAGGAGCGGAGUCCCUGCUCUGCGCGACCCCCGAGCCCCUGAGCUUCAGCCCGGUGUCGGCGCUGACCAAUGCGUCCUUCAGUCACUGCCGGAGCCGGCUGGGCCCGUGGGAGCUGGCCGUCGUCACCCUGCUGGGGCCCGCCUCCUUCCUGGCCAGCCUGGCCAGCUGCCUGCUCCUGGCCUCCCUGCGGACCCUCUGCCGGCCCUGGGCCCCCCAGAGCCUGGCGGGGAGGUGCUCAGGAAAUCUGCCCCAAAGCCCACCGGAUGGGACCCUCCUCACUGGCCCGGCCACCCGGCUGCUGACCGAGCUUCCCCCGCAGCCGGCACCCCGGCAGGAGGGGAACUACGCAGAGAACACAAUCCAGCUCCCCCCCACCCCGGCCCAACUGGGCAAGCUGAAGCAGGCCAGCUCUCCCCCGGUCCAGUCCUGA